AUGGGAGAGAAUCAGAAGGGUUUGUUCUCAGUCAUUGAGAAACUGAAGGGCACCACAGAAUUGGAAUUCCGGAUAGUUCUUCUUGGCCUGGAUAACGGUGGCAAAACAACCUUACUGAAACAACUGGCCUCAGAAGAUGUCAACACCAUCACACCAACUCAGGGCUUCAACAUUAAAAGUGUGACAUCCCAUGGCAUGAAGCUCAAUGUCUGGGACAUUGGAGGACAACGAAAGAUCCGCACAUUCUGGAAAAAGUACUUGGAAAACACAGACCUGCUGAUUUACGUCAUUGACAGCGCAGACAAGAAGAGGUUUGAAGAGACAGGGGUGGAGCUCGCUGAGUUGAUCGAGGAGGACAACCUGAAGGGUGUGCCCAUACUCAUUUUUGCCAACAAGCAGGACCUGGCUACGGCCUCACCCGCCAGCGAGAUAGCAGAGGGACUCAACCUGCACACGUACCGCGACCGCGAGUGGCAGAUCCAGGCCUGUUCCGCAGUGUCUGGAGAGGGCGUACAGGAUGGCAUGAACUGGAUCAGCAACAACAUCGCAAAUAAGAAGAAGAAUUGA